AUGAAGAAAAUUGAGGAGAGUAAGACGAGAAGAAUGGAGAUAGGAAAAUCUUGCAAAAUUAGUGAGAAGAAGAAGAGUAUUAAUAAGAAAGAGAAAUGGGAGAGAAGUAAGAGAAAAGAUGACAUAUAUAAAGGUAAGGAACUAAUUAAAAGAAUUAAAAAUUGCAAAGAUGAUGAUAAUAUCUUCGAUUUUAUUGAUGACAGUACUUAUAAAAAAUACAUUCUGAGAAUACAACAUGAGGACGUUACAAAAAAAAAGGAAAAAAAUGAUCACCUUAAAAAUGGAAGUAUAGAGAAAGAGAAAGUUUGUCAACAUGUGGAAGCCCCAUUUAUCUACUUCGAAUCUGUUAAUGCAUAUGAAUUGAAGAAAUUUAGUGGAUCCGAUAAAGUUUUUACCUUAUUAUUUGAAAUGACAAAAAUAAACAUGGAAAGACUAUACAAUGAUAGUAAUUUUUUAAAUAAGGGUUGGUCUGAUGAUAAGAAAUGGAAAGAAUUACAAAGUGAUAAAUGCAAAUUGAUAUUAGGUUUUCUACAACACACAAAUGAAGAAAAUGAAUAUACAUUUGAUGAAAAAAAAGAUCAUCCAUCUGAUCCAACAAACAAUGGGGAAAAGAAGAAAGAUCGUUUAUCAUUCCUUCAAAUAAUAAAACAAAAUGAUAAAAAUAAAAAUGAUUUGGAAAUAUACCUAUCCAAACAUAAACUAGUAUGCUUCGUGCACUACAGAUUAACAGCUGAUUAUCCACCUUAUGAAAACACAACCGUUUGUUACCUCUACGAAAUUCAAAUUGCACCAGCAUACACAAAACGUGGAAUUGGUAAACAUCUCAUAGACAUGCUUAAAGCUUUAUGUACACGCAUUAACAUUCCAAAAAUUUUAUGCACUGUUUUGAAGAAAAAUUUUAAUGCAGUUUUGUUUUACAAAAAUAAGUGUUCCUUCGAAAUUGAUCAAAGUUCCCCAGAUAACUUUGCUUCAGACGAUUCAGAGGAAUGUGAAUAUGAAAUAUUGAAGCUUGAUGUUUACAAGCACCCAAUGAAGGAUGGAAAUUAA